AGCGAGGGCGCGCUAUCUCUCGACCCGGGUGGACCUCUCCGAAAAGAGCAAAUAUUCCCAGAGUGAUGCUGAAGUUACCUGUUUCUGCUCAGCAGUUUAAUAUAUUUGUACCUGAAAAUUGGAAGUGAAAUAGAAAUGCCUCGAAGAAAGAGCCUUCGUCUGGCUGAUCCCAAAGGGCUCAAGUGGCUGCCCCCAACAUCUGCACCUAACACAUCAGACGUGGCACUGACGCAAGUAAGGACAGAUCUCGAUGUUCAGCAGAUGUUGUUGAUUAAAGAAGAGAUGCCCUGGAGCCCAAAUCAGGACCAGCAGGACCCAGACCUCCUUGACAUGAAGGAAGAACAGGAGGAACUCUUGACCAGUCAGGAGGGAGAACAGCAUAAUGGUCUGGAGGAGGCUGAUAUCACCAGGUUCCCAAUCACUGCUGUCCCUGUUAAGAAUGAAGACAAUGAAGAGAAACCUCAGUUCUCACAUUUUCAUCAAAGUCCAACUUCAGACAACAGAGAGGCAGAGCCUCUGACCAGCAGUUCAGCCAAGCAGAUUAAAGCAGAAACUGAUGGAGAGGACUGUGGAGGACCAGAACCAGCCACAACCUACAAUCCAAAUAAUCAUUUACAACUAAAUAUUGAUGUAAAAAUUUCAGACUCUUAUGAGACUUAUGAAUGGCAGGAACCUUUGUCAGAGCCUGAAACUGAAGAUAGUGAAGAGUCAGGCAUAAAGAGUGAUUGUAAGAAACCCUUUAUCUGCUCUGAAUGUGGGAAACAGUUUCUCCAUAACUGGUCACUUCAGAGACACGUCAGACUUCAGUCCAGGAAAAGACCUUCAAGGUUUUUGGUCAGUGAUGGCCAAAGUAAAUGUUCUGGUGUGGCAGUUCAAACAGAAGAGAAACCAUUUGGCUGUGACAUUUGUGGACAAAGAUUUAAGCUCAAUGUGAAUCUUAAGGUGCACAUGAAGGUCCACACAGGAGAGAAACCAUUUAGUUGCAAUAUCUGUCAAAGAAAAUUUCGACAUCAGUGUAACCUUAAGACACAUAUGAGAGUUCACACAGGAGAAAAACCAUUUGGCUGUGGUAUGUGUGAUAAAAAAUUUGCACAGACUAUACAUUUAAAGACACACAUGAGAAGCCACACUGGAGAGAAACCAUUUGUUUGUGAAGUCUGUAGUAAACAAUUUUCACGACUGAGGAUUCUGAAGUCACACAUGAGAGUCCACACAGGAGAGAAACCAUUUGACUGUGAUGUUUGUCAUAAAAGAUUUUCACAACUAGGCGAUCUAAAGAGACACAAACUUGUUCACACAGGAGAGAAGCCAUUCAGCUGUAGUGUUUGUGGUAAAAGAUUUGCACAGAGGAUAAAUCUGAGGACACACAUGAGAGUCCACACAGGAGAGAAACCAUUUGGUUGUAAUGUUUGUAGUAAAAAAUUCUCACAACCAGGAAUCUUGAAGAGACACAUGAGCAUCCACACAGAAAUUAAGAGGUUUGUGCUUGGCAAAUCAAGAGGGCUCUAUUUGAUGCCGCCCGUAUCUAAACCAGUGACAUCAGAACUGGUACCGACAGACAUCAAGAACAGACGAGCUAUCCAGCAGAUGUUGCAGAUUGAAGAAGAUGCUUCCUCAAGAUCCAGACUGGACCAGAAUGAACCAACUCUCCUUGACGUACCAGACAAACAGGAGGAGCUCAUCACGAGUCAAAAAGGAGAGCAGCUUCAUUGUCUGGAGGAGGCCAAUCUCUCACAGCUUCAUCAAAGACCAACCAAAGACAACAUAGAAGCAGAUCAUCCAUUCUUCAGCUGCUCUGAGUGUGAUAAACAAUAUCUCUACAAGCGAUCUCUUCAGAGGCACAAGAAAAGUCAUUCAGCAGAAAGGUCUUCUAGCUCUUUGGUUAAUAAUAAAUGUUCUAAAGUGAAGCUAAAUGUAGUUGACACAAGCAAGAAAAUAUUUGGAUGUGAUAUUUGCGAUCAGAGAUUUAAUCAAAAAUCCCAUCUUAAGACUCACAUGAGAAUCCACACAGGAGAGAAACCAUUUAGUUGUAAGAUUUGUGGAAAUAUAUUUAGACAUCAGUAUAGUCUCGAUAGACACAUAAGAGUCCACACAGGAGAGAAACCAUUUUCUUGUGGUGUCUGUAGUAAAAGGUUUUCACAUCUAUGGGACCUAAAAAGACACAAGAGUGUUCACACAAAGAGUCCUCAACCGAAAGAGCUCAAAGGUCCUGAUUUGGUGCCCUCCAUACCUCCAUCAGCUACAUCCGAAUUGGUGCAGGCACAAGUCAAGAUAGUUGUAGAUGUCCAGCAGAUGUUGCCAAUUAAAGAUGAGGUUCCUUGGACGUUAAGUUUGGACCAGCAAGACUCAGACAUGUGCCACAUAAAGGAGGAACAGGAGGGAGAGCAGCUUAAUGGUCUGGAUGAGGCUGAUGUCCCCAGGUUUCCCUUCACUGCUGCUGCUGUGAAGAGUGAAGAUGAUGAGGAGAAACCUGAGUUCUCACAGCUUCAUAAAAGACCAGCAGACACACAGUCUCCAACCAUCAACUCAGUUAAACAGAUUAAAACAGAAAGAGAUGAAGAGGACUGUGGAGGACCAGAAUUAGCUUCCUGCCAAGAAAUAAAUAGGCAUUUACAAGCAAAUACUAAUGGAAAGGCUUCUGACUUUCAUGUGACAGACGUCAACACCGAUGAUGUAUGGCAUGAGUCUCUUUCUUCUGGACCUGAAACUGAAGACAGUGAGAGGGGUUGGAAGGAGGGCAGGGAAUGUGAGUCAGCGGUAAACAAUGGUGUGGAAUGUAACACCGCUGAAAAUUCCCUUAGCUGCUCUGACAGUGGCAAACUGUUUCUCUACACACGGUCCCUUCAGCGACACAGAAAAUUUAAUUCAGGAAAAAAGGCUUCCAGGCAUUUGGUAAAUGAGAAAUGUUUUAAAGUAAAACAAAAUGCAGAUUCAGACAUUGCAGCGUACACAGAAGAGAAACUAUUUAAUUGUGGUGUUUGUGGGCAAAGAUUCAAUAAAAACGCAAAUCUUAAAAUCCACAUUAGAGUCCACACAGGAGAGAAACCAUUCAGUUGUAACAUCUGUGAAAAAACAUUUGGACAUCAUUGUAAUCUUAAGACACACAUUAGAGUCCACACAGGAGAGAAACCAUUUGGUUGUAAUUUGUGUGAUAAAAAAUUUACACAGAGAGUACAUUUGAAGACACACAUGAGCGUCCACACAGGAGCAAGACCAUUUGUUUGUGAUAUCUGUAGCAAAAGAUUUUCACAGCUCAGGAUUCUGAAGACACAUAUGAGUAUCCAUACAGGAGAGAGACCAUUUUGUUGUGAUAAAUGUGGUAAAAGAUUUAAGUGUAACAGAAAUCUUAAGUUGCACAUGAAUGUUCACACAGAAGAAAAACCAUUUGUUUGUGAAAUUUGUGGUAAAAGACUGAAGUGUGACAGAAGCCUUAAGAUACACAUGAGCAUUCACACAGGAGAAAAACCAUUUGGGUGUGCUGUUUGUAGUAAAAGCUUCUCCCAGUCAGGAAUUUUGAAGAGACACAUGAGAAUCCACACAGGAUUGACACCAUUUAGUUGCAACAUGUGUGGUAAAAGGUUUAAGUGUCAAGGGAAUCUUAACUCGCACAUACGAGUACAUUCAGGAGAGAGGCCAUUUGUUUGUGAUGUUUGUGGUAAAAGAUUAAAGUCUAACAGUAAUCUUAAGAACCACUUAAGAGUCCACACAGGAGAGAGACCGUUUGGUUGUGACAUUUGUGACAUCAGAUUUAAUGAAGAAGGAAGUCUGAGGAGACACAUGAGAUGCCGCCAUGUUGUUGUGGUGAAAGAUUUAUGAAAUUUCAAAGUGUCAGUUUUAAAAGAACAUUUGAAAUUUUAGCACAUCUGUCUUUUUACUAAGCAUCACAACUUAAUCCCUCCUCAGCUCCAGUCCGCCCACUUACAGACAAUCUUGGCAAGCGCAGGAGGCAAACAUAAGCUACAAACUCACAUUUAUGAGCAAAAAUAUGAGAUUAUAAAAUUUGCGGAAGCAAAUCCAGUGAUGAAGCAGAAGCGAUUGCAGCGAAAUUCGAUAUUAGAGCCCAAACUGUCUGAUAUUUUGAAGAAUCAGAUUUUAUCAGACUUACACUUGACGGAUUUUUUACAAGUCAGAUGAAUUCCAUGGGCCAUUUGAAUCCGACUGAGGUGAUUUCUACUGUAUUUGUUUUUGCAGUGUAUCUUACUUUGAAGGCAUGUUUGAAUGUUACCAUGGCAACCAGAGAGCAUAGUGGACAGAAAGGAUGUUAUUUAUGCUGUGGCGCAAUGUUUUGAGUACACUGCUGAUAGAGUUGCAUAUGAAUACACAGUGAUUUCACGUUUAUUAUUAUACUUAGAAAA